AUGGCCUCGCCACCCCUCACACCGCUACGGCGAUCCUACUCACACAACAGCAACUCUUCGUCGAACCAUCGCCUGUCGACAGCAUCGCGCUUCUCCAAUGGCAGUCAGGACUUCGCUUCACAUCUGGACGCCCCGGCUGGAGCAUCUGGCAUGGGCAAUCUUGCCGACGAAUUGGACUUUGCCGACUCGGACGACGAAGACUGGGAAUACGAUGGCGAAGCUGAGCCGGGCCCCGUUCAAGAGGCUGGGAUAGACUAUGUACUGAGCGAACGAACACAAGACGACGAAGACCCGAGAGACAGCGGAAUUCACGUUGAACAAAAGACGAACACAGCGCUACCACAUCGCAACUUCUCUCGUCCAACUUCUCGUGAUGUCGAACCCGAGCCGUCAAAUAUCUUCACCCACGAGCUGGAGGACGUCCUGGCCCACAUCUCACGCCUCGCCAACCCGACACAGCAUCAAAACCCCGACACCAUCUCCCGGACCCUCGUCGCCUUGCAAAACCUGCCCCCUCAGCAAUCUCUCGAGGUACACACCCAACGCCUCACUACAUCCACCAACAGCCUUUCGUCACACAUCAUCCAGCAAACAAAGCACUUCGCUUCCCUUUCUGCUUCUCUGUUCGCUCCUUUUGGCUUUGGUACACCUCUGGACUUUCAGAUCAUCGACGACGAAGUGGUCCCUGCCAUUAGUCAAGUCAUCCAAGACUUACCGGCUCCGGAUUCGCGCGCUUUGCACACUCUUUCACGUCUCGAUCGCGAAACCACCGAUCUAAUACAAACACUCGCUGCCCUGUCCGAUUCCUUGCAGAUGGGCCGCCAGACUACUGCCAGUGCUGCGCGUCAUUUGAGAAAUACCCAGCUCAUGGUCUCCGAGAUGCGUCGGGAAAGCGAUCUAGCAGAUCAGGCACAAUGGCUUAUCGAAAAGGAAGAUUGGGACCAUCGUCUUGCUGAAAGACAUUGCGCUGCUGAAUGCCGCGACGUCGUUGGCGGCUUUGAGCAAGUGUUCGAGGGAUUGAGACGAGGUUUGGAAGAGAAGAUUGCAGCUUGA